GAAGGAGGGAGUAGAGGUUCAGAGUUGUUUAGCGCAGAAAAACGAGUCAACACAGAAAACUGAAAGCUGUUAGUGUUUUCUUUCUCCGAUCAGUUUCAUUGGUACGAUGCCUUCCCGAAGAAGAACUCUCUUGAAGGUCAUCAUUCUCGGUGACAGUGGGGUGGGGAAGACAUCUUUGAUGAAUCAAUAUGUGAAUAAAAAGUUUAGCAAUCAGUACAAGGCAACCAUUGGAGCUGAUUUUUUAACCAAAGAAGUGCAAUUUGAAGAUAGGCUUUUCACCUUACAGAUUUGGGAUACAGCUGGACAGGAAAGAUUCCAAAGCUUAGGAGUUGCUUUCUAUCGUGGUGCUGAUUGCUGUGUCCUCGUAUAUGAUGUUAAUUCAAUGAAAUCAUUUGACAACCUUAACAACUGGAGGGAGGAAUUUCUGAUCCAAGCAAGUCCUUCCGACCCAGAGAAUUUUCCUUUUGUUGUUAUAGGAAACAAGAUAGAUAUUGAUGGUGGGAAUAGUAGAGUGGUUUCAGAGAAGAAGGCUCGGGCUUGGUGUGCAUCAAAAGGAAAUAUCCCUUAUUUUGAGACAUCUGCCAAGGAAGGUGUUAACGUUGAAGAAGCAUUCCAAUGCAUAGCAAAGGAUGCCCUGAAAAGUGGAGAAGAGGAAGAAUUAUACCUGCCAGACACAAUUGAUGUUGGAAACAGCAAUCAGCAACGGGCAACAGGAUGUGAGUGCUGAAUAUAUAGAUUUUCUUUUCAAUACAAAUAAAGUAUAUUACUUAAAAUGAUUCCGCCGUGUUUAGCCAUUGCUGUCUGUGAGGCUUCAUUGUACAUUAAGUGUUUUUCAAGAAACAAAUUGGUCCAAGGCUAUUUGUUGGGUUCUUGUUUGGUUUGUGUUAAUUGUCAUAUUAGAUCUCCUUGUAUGGUAUUCUGAUAUUGUGAAAGAAACAGCAUAAGAUCAUUCUGUAGUUAUUUGUUACAUUGCUUAUUUUUCU